ACUCACGAUACAUCUCUCUCUCUCUCAUGGUUCCGAAUAAGAAGCUGCCGCUGCAAAGCAGCACCGCGGGCAACAUCCUCCCCCUGCCACCGCAACCGCCGUCGAAAACAAUUGAAGAAAUCUACCAGAAGAGGUCCCAGCGGGAACACAUCCUGCUCCGGCCCGACACCUACAUCGGGUCCAUCAUCAAGAACACCCAGACCCUCUGGGUGUACGAGAACGGGUCGAUGGUGAGCCGGCCCGUGACCUACGUGCCGGGCCUCUACAAGAUCUUCGACGAGAUCCUGGUGAACGCGGCGGACAACAAGCAGCGGGACCCGUCCAUGGACUCGCUCAAGGUGGAGAUCGACGCCGGGGAGAACCGGAUCAGCGUCUACAACAACGGCUCCGGGAUCCCCGUGGCCAAGCACGGGGACGCCAAGGUCUACGUGGCGGAGAUGGUGUUCGGGCAGCUUCUGACGAGUAGUAACUACGAUGACCGGGCGAAGAAGACGACCGGGGGGAGGAACGGGUACGGGGCGAAGCUGACCAAUAUUUUCUCGACGGAGUUCGUGGUGGAGACGGCGGAUGGGGAGCGGGAGAAGAAGUAUAAGCAGGUGUUUUCAAACAACAUGAACAAGAAAACCAAUCCCAGCAUAACCAAGUGCAGCAAAGGAGAGAAUUGGACCAGAGUUUCAUUCAAGCCUGAUCUGGCCAAGUUUCAGAUGGAAUCCCUAGAGGAUGAUGCGGUGGCACUGAUGAGCAAGAGGGUGGUUGAUGUUGCGGGGUGCCUAGGUGAGUCAGUCAAGGUUGAGCUGAAUGGGCAGCAGGUUCCUGUCAACUCAUUCCUUGAUUAUGUCAAUCUCUACCUUCAAUUUGAUGCCGAUCCCAAGACAGAUUCCAUACCCAGGUUUGUGGAAAAAGUUAAUGAUAGGUGGGAAAUCUGCAUUUGUGUGCGAGAAGGUCGCUUUGAUCAGGUCAGCUUCGUGAAUGGAAUUGCGACAGUGAAAGGUGGGACUCAUGUGAAUUGUGUAACUGAGCAGAUUGAAAAUUAUGUGGUAGAAAAAGUACAUCAGAUGAAGAAAGAUGUUGACAAUAUCCAAUCCCAUGCUGUGAAAAACCAUCUAUGGAUCUUUGUUAAGGCUCUCAUUGACAACCCUUCGUUUAGUUCUCAAACAAAGAUGACAUUAACAACCAAAGAAGAAAAUUUUGGAUCCAGCUGCAUACUCUCGGAUGAGUUCUUAAAUAAAGUAUCUGAGGCAGGAAUAGUGGAGAGUCUCCUCUCAUGGGCAGAUUAUAAAUUGAAAAGAGAACAAAAGAAAGCUGAUGCAGCCAAGAGGAAAAGGAUUACUGGCAUCCCUAAGCUUGAGGAUGCUAAUGAUGCCGGAGGGGAGAACUCCAACAAGUGUACUCUGAUUUUGACAGAAGGAGAUUCAGCUAAAGCCCUUGCAAUGGCUGGGAUUUCAGAGGUGGGUAGAAAUCAUUAUGGAGUGUUCCCAUUGAGAGGUAAACUGCUAAAUGUGAGGGAAGCUAACAACUGGCAGGUCGAUUCCAAUGAAGAGAUCCAGAGCAUCCAGAGGAUCCUUGGACUGGAGAAAGGGAAACAGUAUGAUUGUGUUGAGUCCCUGAGAUAUGGGCAUUUGAUGAUUAUGACUGAUCAGGAUCAUGAUGGGUCUCACAUCAAGGGACUCUUGAUUAAUUUUAUUCACACACUCUGGCCAUCGCUUCUUAGAAUUCCAUCAUUCCUUCUUGAGUUCAUUACGCCUAUUGUGAAGGCAACUCAAAGAAGUGGAGUGGUUCUGUCCUUCUACUCAAUGCCAGAAUAUGAGUCAUGGAAAGAAAGCUUGCAGGGAAAUACCAGUGGCUGGUCAAUCAAAUAUUACAAGGGUCUGGGAACAAGUACAUCCAAGGAAGGGAAGGAGUAUUUCCAAGGAAUAGAAAGUCACAGGAAAGAUUUCGCGUGGUUAGAUGAUAAAGAUGGGGCUGCGAUUGAGCUUGCAUUCAGCAAGAACAAGAUAGAAGCAAGGAAGAAUUGGCUCCGAAAAUUCGAGCCGGGUACUUACCUUGAUCAGAAGGAGAAGCAUAUCAGGUACCGAGACUUUGUGAACAAGGAGCUCAUUCUGUUUUCCAUGGCAGAUCUUCAAAGAUCAAUACCUUCAGUUGUUGAUGGAUUGAAACCGGGUCAGAGGAAAAUUUUGUUUUGCUCUUUUAAAAGAAAUUUUUUCAAGGAGGCAAAGGUUGCUCAGUUUUCUGGGUAUGUGUCGGAGCAUUCAGCUUAUCACCAUGGGGAGCAGAGUCUUGCCAGCACCAUAGUUGGAAUGGCACAGGAUUAUGUAGGCAGCAACAACAUCAACUUACUCCAACCAAAUGGACAAUUUGGCACAAGGCACCAGGGUGGAAAAGAUCAUGCAAGUGCAAGGUACAUUUACACUUGUCUUUCUCCAUUCACAAGGGUCUUGUUCCCCAAGAAUGAUGAUCUCCUUCUCAACUAUUUGAAUGACGAUGGGCAAUCAAUUGAACCCACUUGGUACAUGCCCAUAAUUCCUAUGGUUUUGGUCAACGGCGCUGAAGGAAUUGGAACCGGAUGGAGCACUUAUAUCCCGAAUUAUAACCCGAGAAACAUAAUCAGUAAUGUGAGGAAAAUGUUGGAUGGUAAACCGAUGGAGCCCAUGGAUCCAUGGUACAGAGGUUUCAGAGGCACCAUAGAGAAAACAACACAAAAGGGAAGUGGAGCAAGCUACACAGUUACUGGGAUUAUUGAGGAAGUCAACAAGACAAUUGUGAGGAUCACUGAACUACCUGUCCGGAAGUCGACUGAGGAAUACAAGCAGUUCUUGGACUCAAUAAUGAAGACGAGUAGCAAAAAGAAUGAGCUAUUUAUUAAGGACUUCAAGGAGUACAAUGAUGACACAAAUGUAGAUUUCGAAAUUUCCCUGUCCGAAAAGACCUUGAGUGCAGCCAAAGAAGAAGGUUUGGCGAAGAAGUUUAAGCUUACCACAACAAUCAGCACAAGCAACAUGCACCUUUUUGACCCAAAAGGCGUGCUCAAGAAAUAUGAAACCCCCGAAGAGAUUCUUGAGGAAUUCUUCCAUUUGAGGCUUGAAUUCUACGGGAAAAGAAAGGAAGUUCUGUUGAAUGUUCUUCAAUCUGAGUUGUUGAAACUGGAGAACAAGGUUAGGUUCAUCGAAGGUGUUGUGGAUGGAGAUAUUAUCGUGACUAACAGGAAGAGAGCUGAUUUGUUCUUCGAGCUGAAACAAAAGGGUUUUGCUCAGUUCCAAACGAAGAUCAUUGAAUUGGGUGUUUCUGGAGGAACUGAGGGAAAUGGAGAGAACGGUUAUGAUUAUCUUGUGUCCAUACCAAUUGGGACAUUGAUACUGGAAAAGGUCAGGGAGCUACGGGCCGAAAGGGACAAGAUUAAUGGUGAAGUUGAUGACUUGAAAAAGGCCACUCCAAUGUCCUUGUGGACAAAGGACUUAGAUGCUCUUGAGAAGGAACUUGAUGGUAACUAUGAAGCUAAGGUAGAGGUUAUGAAUGGAAGCAGUGCUAAAGUUUCAAGAGAAGCUCCGAAGAAGCCACGACGGAGUUAUGCAAAGAAAGCCAAUAAUGUGGAGACUACUCCGAAACCAGUUAUAGAAUCAGUUACGCCUGCUGCGGAAAUAGGCAAGUAUUUUAAUCAUUCACGUUUUUCAAGUUAUAUUAUUGAUUCAAGAUUACCUAGUUGAUAAUGCUCAUGUAACGAGUCAUUGGCAAUGUUAACAUCUCGGUAAUGUUCAUAUUAUUCAAGCCUCAUGGACAUUACCUGGUCAUUAACACAUUUUUGGAUGUUUUAUGUGGAGGCCGGAGGGUCACGUUAAUGACUAGGUAAUGUUCAUAACAUUUGAGCCUCGGGAACAUUACCUAAACGUUAACUCAUUUGUUGAUGUUUUAUACAACAGCCAUGUUAGAGUCUUAUGGUA